UUUUGGCAUGUUGCUUUGGGAACUUGCAUUUGAAAAAAUUCCAUACAAAGAUAUGGAAGUAGAUCAAAUUGAGCCACACGUUUUAAAGGGUAAUCGAGAAAAGAUUGUUUGGGGUGGUGGUUCGCCGGAGGUUAAAACCAUCCAACGCAAACUAUCAAAGAUUAUAAUUGCAGCCUGGCAACACGACGUUGACGUCAGGGCUUCUCUUCAAGAUCUUUUCCUAAAGCUAGAUAAAUUAUCCUCCAAAUUGCAAAUAGGCACAUCUCCGUCCCUGCUUCCAGAUGGAGCAAUAGAUUUGGAUGGAAGCAAGUCUCAAGCUCCGCCAUCACCACCAUCGCUAGAGCUAGAGCUUCCCGAAAUGACAUCGUUAACAUUGAAUUUUAACUUACCAACAAUCUUGCCUCUUGAAGAAGGUAUUGAGGCACAUAAAAGAAAAGAUCGAGUUACCGCCUGGGAAUGCUUCCAAGCUCACGCUGAUUUAGAAAACUCGACGGCUAAAUACUGGAUGGGUUAUUAUCUAGCCGAAGGAUAUCAACCUUCGGGGGAAAAGGAUCCUGUCAGAGCAAAUCAAUUGUACAAAGAGGCAGCGGAUGAUGGAAUUCCUGAUGCGCAAUUGC